AUGUCUUCCUCCAACUCAGGCGGCACAGGGGGUGACAUCCCAGAGGCCAGGAGUUCUUUUGACUGUGGGCUCCCAGGAGAGAAGGUGGAGGAGGUGGUGCUGCCCUGGCUCCCACCCCAGGAGGCGGAUGAGACCGGGGCCUACCUCAUUGACCGUGACCCCACCUACUUCGGGCCCAUCCUGAACUUCCUCCGCCAUGGCAAGCUGGUGCUGGACAAGGACAUGGCCGAGGAGGGGGUCCUGGAGGAAGCCGAGUUCUACAACAUCGGCCCGCUCAUUCGCAUCAUCAAGGACCGGAUGGAGGAGAAGGACUACCCCGUCACACAGGUCCCGCCCAAGCACGUGUACCGCGUGCUGCAGUGCCAGGAGGAGGAGCUCACGCAGAUGGUCUCCACCAUGUCUGACGGCUGGCGCUUUGAGCAGCUGGUGAACAUCGGCUCCUCCUAUAACUACAGCGGAGAGGACCAGGCGGAGUUCCUGUGCGUGGUGUCCAAGGAGCUCCACAGCUCCCCCCACGGGCUGAGCUCCGAGUCCAGCCGCAAAACCAAGAGCGCGGAGGAGCAGCUGGAGGAGGAGCAGCAGCAGGAGGAGGAGGAGGUGGAGGUGGAACAGGUGCAGGUGGAGGCAGAUACACAGGAGAAAGCUGUUACAAGCCAGAGGCACCCGGAUGUGAGGCCCCAGAUCACCUCCAGGCACUUGGGGUUCCGAUCUGAAGUCCUUUAUUUUUGUACCACGGGGUGGGCCCCCAGUUCAAGGGGGAGGAAGUGCUCUUCCCGCUGCCACCUCUGCCUACACCUGUGGGGCUGUGACCUACCCCUGCCUCCCUGGCGGGCCCUGGCACCCCUGGGCAGAGCCGCCUGCCUGUGGCCAAAGUGUGGCGCUGUCCAGCCGUGUCUCCCAGGCCCCUACGUCCCUUCCCCCGAGACCCCCAGCUGCAUGGCGGAUACAAUCCCUCCUGGCCCGGUCACGUCACCUCCUUGAGCCUUAGCCUCCCUGUCUGUCAAAUGGGCCCACUCUCCCCCCACCUACCUCACAGGGUUGUUGUGAGGUGCAGGGUCUCAGAAAGCCCUCCCUCAGGGAGUGAGUGCCCCACCCAGGGCGGCCCCCUCCCCUCUUCCCUCGAGGGGAAGGACAGUGUAGCUCCAGAUGAGGUUAGGUGGGGGGGAGGGGUGGGGCAGCCCUCGGCCUUCCCCUGGACGGCUCCGCCCUCUGUACUGCUGUGGACAGAGGCAGGGGCUCAGCAGGGGCAGUGAGGCCACUUCGGACCUGGGGAGACGGGAGAGGGGCCACUCCCUCUGUCAGGGCCUCUGUCUGACUCCCCGCGGGUACCUCUCAGCUGUGUCUGCAUCACCAUGUAAUAAAAUCUGAAGAAACAGCG